UUCCAAAUCCAGCCGAACAAGGCUUUGCUUGCCAGAAAUUGUUACAGAUUUCAUGUUGAGGUUUUUCCAAAGCUACUGGUGGGCAAAAAAUGGUUUCCCAUUCCCUGCGUAUUUUACUGAUCAUCGCUGGAUUUCUAGUAAAGAAAGCUUACCCGGAUGGCACGUGUAGUGCCACAGGUGACCCGCACUACAGAACAUUUGACGGCAGAUUGUUUCACUACCAAGGCAAAUGUGGUUAUGUCUUGUCGGAAGACAUCGAUAACAAAUUUAAAGUACACUCUGAGAAUGAUCCAUGUAACGGUGGAAGAUUCACGUGCACAAAGGCGAUUACUGUGAAAGUGAAAGGACUAACCAUACAUGUUGCACGUGGAGGUCACGUGAAGGUGUUUGGUAUCACUGUUGCUUUACCAUACAACAAACAAGGUGUUAACAUUAUUAAACACGGAGGACGCAACAUACGAAUAUCAACCGACAUUGGUUUCACAGCUCAAUAUGAUGGCGUAUAUAACGUUUUCAUCAUCCUCAAUGAUCGAUACCGAGGGAAGACUGUCGGCCUGUGUGGGAACUUCAAUGGUCAGCAAAAUGACGAAUUCAUUAUGCCAGAUAAACAAUUAACCAACAACGAUCAAACGUUUGCUGACUCCUGGAAACUGGAUCGAUCCUGUCCUAAUGCACCUCCUCUGCCUAAUCCAUGUACCACCGCAGCUGCGCAUGCCCAAGUAGCCAAAGCGAAAUGCGCCUUAAUGAGAUCUCAACCGUUUUCUGCCUGUCAUAAUCAUGUUAAUGUGGAUUCAGGAUUCAUUCAGGAUUGUGAAUACGAUGUAUGUGCGUGCAAGGAUCAUCCGUUGUCGUGUCUCUGUGAGGAAUAUUCCGCAUACGCAGACUCUUGUUCUCUGGUAGGAGUCAAUGUCCAGUGGAAAAAUCUGCCACAGUUCAAAGAAUGCGUUUCUCCAUGUGCAGUGGCUCCAUGCAUGAAUGGAGGUAUUUGUCAAAACGUCGGAAAAGGCUAUAAAUGUACGUGUGCUCCGGGUUACCAUGGAGAUAAAUGUCAGACUGAAGUUGAAGCUGUUUGCAGCGCCACGGGUGACCCACACUACAGAACAUUUGACGGCCGAAGGUAUAACUUCAUGGGACAAUGCCAAUAUAUAUUGGCAAAAGAUCUGGACAGCUCAUUUUCGGUGAUGACAAAGAACAAUCGAUGUAACGGCAGAGCAAGUUGUGUUGUGGCUGUGACGGUUUCAGUGAAAGGUUUGACAAUUGAAAUGAAGAAAGGUGGUUCACUAACUGUGUUUGGCGCAAAUGUGCAGUUACCUUACAAAAAUCAAGGUGUAAGUAUUGUGAGACAUGGAACACGUAACCUGGAAAUCACAGCAGAUAUUGGUAUAAAAGUAUUGUACAAUGGUUUGUCAAACCUCUUUGUAACCGUGAAAGGAAGACAUAUGAAAAGAAUGGCGGGUCUUUGUGGCAACUACAAUGGAAACCCAAAUGACGAGUUUGUUAAAGUUGACAUGAGAAGAACCAAUAGUGUGACCGAAUUCGGAAAUUCCUGGAAAGUUGGUCGAUCUUGCCCAAACGAGCCACCGCUUCAAGAUCCGUGUCUUACCGCUGGUAAAAUUGCCCAGGAGGCGAAGAAGAAAUGUCAAUUGCUAAAACAACAGCCAUUUGCCGCAUGCCAUAAAUCAGUUGCUCAGAAUGACGGCUUCAUCAAGGAUUGCGAAUUUGAUGUCUGUGCUUGUAAUAAUCACCCAACUUCCUGCCUUUGCCAGGAAUUCUCGGCUUAUUCCACCUCUUGUGCCUUGGUGGGAGUUCCCAUCACCUGGAAAAAUCUUCCACAAUUUGCUGAAUGUAGUAUGCCGUGUGCUUCUGGUCCUUGCAAUAAUGGAGGGUUGUGCAUCAAUCAGGGAAAUGACUUCAAAUGCGAAUGCGCACCAGGGUAUGAUGGGAAACAAUGUGAGGUUCGAACUUGCAAAGACCCGAAAGCAUUAGGUAUGGAAGAUGGCAAAAUUCCAAAUUCAAGACUCAAAGCCUCGAGCCAGUGGUCUCAGAGCUGGAGUCCAGGUCACGGUAGGUUACAUGGAGGUAACUGCUGGAUUGCCCGUUCAAGAGAUGGUAACCAAUGGAUGCAAGUUGACUUCAAGUACAAAGCAACAGUUACAGAGAUACUGACACAAGGCCGCAGCGGCGCCAGUCAGUGGGUUAAAAGCUACACUGUUGGUUAUUCUGACGAUGGCACGACAUUUAAAACGUACAAAGGGAGUAAUGGACAAGACAAGGUAUUUUCUGCGAAUAGUGAUCGGAACAGUGUUGUUCGCCAAGAAAUAUCGCCUGUUGUUGUUGCAAGAUUCAUCAGAAUUCAACCAAAAACAUGGCAUUCCUACAUUUCUAUGAGAGUCGAGUUUUAUGGUUGCUUUGAAGAUCAACCUUGUUCAAAAGAUCCGUGUCUCCACGAGGGUACUUGUGAGCAUGUUGGGAGCGAUUUCAUGUGUACCUGCCUCCCAGGGUAUUAUGGGAAGACAUGCGAGCAGAAAGAAUGCAAGGAAUCAUUACGUCUUGGCAUGGAAAAUGGUGAGAUUUUAGACUCGCAGAUCACAGCUUCGUCUGAAUACGCCAGCAAUCAUGGAGCUGACAAUGCAAGACUAAACCUGCGGCGUCCAGGCCAUGCUAACGCUUGGGUUCCAAGAGUGGCCUCUGGUUCAUGGAUUCAAGUUGAUUUUGAACGUCAGGCUACCAUAUCAGAAGUUUUAACACAAGGACGAGGUGACCAUCCUCAGUGGGUCAAAGCCUAUACUCUCUCUUACAGUAACAACGGUCUGGAUUUUCAUCCAUAUCGUCAAAAUGGAUUGGUCAAGACAUUUUCAGCAAACAGGGAUCAAAAUACAAUAGUUCCUCAGAAAAUUUGCCCUGUGAUUGUCACACGGUACAUCAGGAUACAUCCAACUUCAUGGCAUGGCAACGUUGCACUCAGAGCAGGAUUCAAUGGAUGUUUAAGAGACUUCCCGUGUGAGUCUAAACCAUGUAAGAACGCCGGGACGUGCCUCAGUUACCAUGGCGACUAUCGCUGCAGUUGUGCUGAAGGUUUUGCCGGGAGAAACUGUGAGAUGAAUAUUGGACAAUGUGUACCUAACUAGGAGAUGAAUCUAAACGAUGAGGAUAUCUUUUGAAGAGAAAGCAAAUAAGAUAUAAUCAAAAUGUUCAAGUUUAAGUUAUUGUACGUAGUGAGAUUAUUCUAGUUGUAGCCAAUCAGAAAUAUGGAGUAUAUGUGGAUUCAUAUAAUAAAAUUUAA